AUGACAGACCCAUUGAAGUCUUUCGAUGACUCGGGCCGGCCAAAGCCGGCCGACAUCUCCAAGAAAGUCUACGCAAUUGCCGGAAUUUCAGUAACGGUAUUUGGAUUGGAGGAGCUCCGUGCAGAAGCAUCCGAAGUAGCAUGUUUAUGGUUACUUCACCCGAGACUGGCUACUCAGGAACGGAUGACUGGGAUCGCCAAUUCAUCCAUCACCGACUGGAACACAAGAAACAAAGAUACGCCCUCGGCGAAGGGAUUGAUUGCUGUCUCUUUUGACCAACGGAACCACGGAACUCGGAUGGUUGAUCCUCUUGCCAAUGAGGCGUGGAGACAGGGCAAUCCUCGCCACGCGCAGGAUAUGUUCUCUAUUUUCCAGGGCACUGCCAGAGAUACAUCGCUACUGAUGGACUACCUCGCAGCCUACACUUUCCCUAGUGGUGAGCACCAGAUCACCGAGAACUUAGUUCUGGGAGUCUCGUUGGGUGGACACGCGGCGUGGAGCUGUCUGCUGCACGAGCCUCGCGUGAGUGCCGGAGUAGUGAUCAUUGGAUGCCCGGACUAUAUCAAUCUCAUGGCAGACCGCGCACGACUGUCGAAGCUGCCAUCAUGGACAGAGAGCGACCCCCCAGGUGCCAAGGUUCUUGGCUCAGAGGCGUUGCCAACCUCAUUCCUGGAAACAGUCAAGCAAUACGACCCGGCGAGUAUGAUGUUGAAGCAUGUGGACUGUGGGUCCUCCACGGGGCCUUUGCGCGAAGGAAUCCUGCCUCAGCCAUCGGAAACGGAGCAGCAGGUGCUCCGGCCACUCUUGACCAAGUGCUUGGCUGGGAAGCGCAUCUUGAAUCUGUCGGGUGGCGUGGACAAGCUUGUGCCGUAUCAUCGCGGAGAACAAUUCCUUGAUUGGUUCAAACAGGGCAUCUCGUCCGAUGGGUGGUUUGGUGAUGGGGCGGUGUCUUUCGAGGAUAUCAUUGACCGGACGGCGGGUCACGAGGUGACUGGGAAGAUGGUCGACGAGGCCGUUCGGUUUAUCAGCGAGACGCUGACAGGCUCGGACAAUGCUGGCCGACGUGGUUCGGUGCGGGAGUCGAAGAUCUAA